AUGGAUUCACGUCCAUCAUCAACUAGGAUGCCCGCUGGUUUGGCAGGAGUGUUGAAUGAAGUCGGCCCUGAAGAGCACAUGAGAGAUUCUGCUUAUUAUUCAAGUCUAGAUCCUUCAUCAAAGCACAACUCACAAUUAUCGAACGGCGAAGUCGUCAUGACACCUUCACCAACUGGAUACCAUUCCUCCAGCGCUGAUAUAAGUCCAUCAUCUGCAUCGAAUCACAUCGCCAAUCAACAGCUUACCUCUUCCACUUCUGGCAGUAUGAGUGUCGCAUCUAUGGUCUCCCCAUCUAAUGAUCACUCCCUGGCAAAUCAACUAGUCUCUCUGACAGGUCAAUUAAACCGACAAUCAUAUGGAUCGGGACUUGGAGCUUCUUCAAUCAAUGGGGAUUCCCGUCGGGAGAGUGUUGAUUCGAGAUUGGGAAAUGGCCUUCAAGAUUUGCGACUCAAUUCGCCAUACGCAAGUAACAACCAAUCAACUACUUCACUUCAGAGCUCUCUACAACAGCAGCGCAAUCCUGGGAACGCUGCCGAUCGUUCGUCCAACCCUCGAUGUUCGAACAGUUAUCAACCUCAACGUUUACCAGAACCACCAAUGUCUCCCAGAAGCACAAUCCCGAAGACUGCCCCCACAAUCACUGGUCCUGCUAUGGGUAACAUCGCUCGCGCGGCCGAGCCAACUCUAGGACAAGCUUGGGCGUUCCCGGAAGAAUUCGUAAUGAGGAUGCCAACUUCUCACUCGCGACAUCGCGAGGAGUCUGAGAGUAUAAGUAGAGUCGGUACCUCAUUCUUAAAUCUUGACUCGAGACGUAAUAGUAUCGCAGACUCGGUCGCAAGCAGCCAGUUUACCACAGAAUCUCGCCUGCCAGUUGGACAGAGAAGGUUAGAAGAUGGAAUGGCCUCUGAUUUCCGAUUAUCACGAGCAUCAUCUGAGUUCCAAAAUGUAUCGCAUCACCAUCACUCCCUACAAAAUCGUCAAGUAUCCGAGUUACAUAAUGACGAGGCGGAUUCCCCAAGCAAUACUCAACCUUACAGCCGCACGCCUGAACUUCGUGUGAGCCAUAAACUUGCGGAAAGAAAACGCCGAACGGAGAUGAAAGAAUUGUUUGAAAAUUUGAGGGAUUUGAUGCCUCAAGAGCGUGGGUCUAAAGCUAGCAAGUGGGAGAUAUUGACAAAAGCUAUCGCCGAACACAAUGCAAAAUCGAAGCAAAUCGACGAGAUGAAGGCGAAGAUAUACAAUCAACAAUUAGAAGUGGAAAGUCUUCGCCGCGAAGCUAACGUCAUCCGCGUGGAGAAUUCACAGCUUCGCAGCGAACUUAAUCAAGGUGGGCCCAAUAAUCAUCAGUCUGUGAUCAAUGGCUUCACUCCCAUGACGCAGAAUGGCGGCUCACAUGUCGACAUGAACACAUACCAACAAGAGAGUUAUCCCUCUAGAAAUUCUUAUCAGCGAAACGAACAGCUACCACCACUUCGUGGACUAUCCCAACCUGAAUCCAUGAGUGGAGUUCAGUAUCAUUCGGAUAUGAACCGUGAUAUGAACCGUGCCAACGGUUAUCGCGAUGCUCGAUUCUAG